UCAGGACUCAAUCAAAGAUUUAAUCAUUCCCUGGUGUACUCGUGUUGAGGUUUUAGCAGGUGAAUGCUGCCAGAUUUGAGGUUAAGCUGCUGGAGAUCAGACCCUGCAGUAAAAAUCAGCAGCUUCUAUUUAAUUUUCGUCACAGUUCUUGCAACAGGGGCAAAUUAUCUCAGUUUUGCCUAGAUAUCUACUUUAACCCUGGUGUGCACCAAAAUAAGUAAACGACUUGUAAGACAAUUUGAAGAGAUAAAUAGUUCUGUGUAAGCGAUGAUGGGAUAAAGGAUGAAGACAAAAGUUCACUCUGAGCUGGUCUGUUGUGAGAAAAAAAUAAUUUGCUAAGCAGAAUGUACAAGUAAAUAGAGGGGGGAUACAUCCAGAUUUGAAAGCGGUUCAGAAACAACGAGGACUGGCAACUUAUCAGCAUGAAUUCAAGGGAAAAUGGAGAUCUGUGUUAAUUUCGACUCAAGAGUGUUUACCAUGGAUACUAGGACUGGACUGUUAUUUUCCGUCUUUUACUUUAUUUCAGAGUUUUGUCUGAGUUCACAGCAAGUCCUUAGAGUCGGAGGCAUUUUUGAAACCUUGGAGAAUGAACCUAUAAGUCUUGAAGAAUUGGCCUUCAAAUUUGCUGUCACCAAUAUAAACAGAAACAGGACAUUAAUGCCAAACACCACAUUAACCUACGACAUCCAGAGAAUUAACCUAUUUGAUAGUUUUGAAGCCUCAAGAAGAGCUUGUGACCAGCUUGCCCUGGGUGUAGCUGCUGUGUUUGGUCCAUCUCACAGUUCAUCUGUAAGUGCAGUGCAGUCUAUCUGUAAUGCAUUAGAAGUUCCUCAUAUCCAGACCCGGUGGAAACAUCCUGCAGUGGAUAACAAAGACACAUUUUACAUCAAUCUCUACCCAGAUUAUGUUUCCAUCAGCAGAGCUAUUUUGGACAUAGUGCAAUAUUACAAAUGGAAAACAGUUACAGUGGUGUACGAAGAUAGUACAGGGUUAAUUCGCCUGCAGGAGCUUAUCAAAGCACCAUCCAGAUAUAAUAUCAAAAUUAGAAUCCGGCAACUCCCCACGAUGAGUAAGGAUGCCAGACCUCUAUUGAAAGAAAUGAAGAAGGGCAAGGAGUUCUUUGUAAUAUUCGACUGCACACACCAAACAACAGCAGAUAUUCUUAAACAGAUCCUUUCCAUGGGGAUGAUGACUGAAUACUAUCACUACUUUUUCACCACACUGGACCUGUUUGCUUUGGAUCUUGAGCCCUACCGAUACAGUGGAGUAAACAUUACUGGAUUUCGACUCCUCAACAUCGACAAUGCGCAUGUGGCUUCAGUUGUAGAGAAAUGGUCGAUGGAACGUCUCCAGGCACCUCCCAAACCUGAAACUGGCUUAUUAGACGGGAUUAUGACAACAGAAGCUGCCCUAAUGUAUGACGCUGUGUACAUGGUAGCUGUGGCUUCACAGCGUUCCUCCCAAAUGACAGUCAGCUCUUUACAGUGUCAUAGACACAAACCUUGGCGCUUCGGACCAAGAUUCAUGAACCUAUUUAAAGAGGCACAGUGGCAUGGAUUGACAGGACAUAUCACAAUUAAUAAAUCGGAUGGUCUGAGGAAAGAUUUUGAUUUGGAUAUAAUCAGUCUUAAUGAGGAAGGGAUGGAAAAGAUUGGAAUUUGGAAUUCAAAUGGUGGCCUUAACCUGACUGAUAGCAACAAAGAGAAAACAACUAAUAUUACAGACUCAAUGGCAAAUAGAACACUUAUUGUAACUACUAUUCUGGAAGACCCAUAUGUAAUGUAUAAGAAAUCAGACAAACCAUUGUAUGGAAAUGACCGAUUUGAGGGAUACUGUCUGGAUUUGCUGAAGGAACUGUCAAACAUUCUUGGUUUUACUUAUGAGGUGAAACUUGUAUCAGAUGGUAAAUAUGGAGCCCAGAAUGACAAGGGUGAAUGGAAUGGAAUGGUCAGAGAACUUAUAGAUCAUAAAGCUGACCUGGCUGUGGCUCCUUUAACCAUAACCUAUGUGAGGGAGAAGAUGAUUGACUUUUCCAAGCCUUUCUUGACCCUGGGGAUCAGUAUUUUGUAUCGCAAACCAAAUGGCACAAACCCUGGUGUAUUCUCCUUCUUAAAUCCCCUCUCUCCUGAUAUCUGGAUGUAUGUUCUACUGGCCUGCCUUGGUGUCAGCUGUGUGCUGUUUGUCAUAGCAAGGUUUACACCUUAUGAGUGGUAUAACCCCCACCCAUGCAACCCUGACUCGGACGUGGUGGAAAACAAUUUUACUUUACUAAAUAGUUUCUGGUUUGGAGUUGGAGCUCUCAUGCAGCAAGGAUCGGAACUGAUGCCCAAAGCACUUUCCACCAGAAUAGUUGGUGGAAUCUGGUGGUUUUUUACUUUAAUAAUCAUAUCAUCCUACACUGCUAACCUGGCUGCCUUCUUGACUGUUGAGAGAAUGGAUUCACCAAUUGAUUCUGCAGACGAUCUAGCCAAACAAACUAAAAUUGAAUAUGGGGCUGUCAGAGACGGAUCAACCAUGACAUUUUUUAAGAAAUCGAAAAUUUCUACGUUUGAAAAAAUGUGGGCCUUUAUGAGUAGCAGACAACAGACGGCCUUGGUAAAGAAUAAUGAUGAAGGAAUUCAGCGAGUACUGACUACUGACUAUGCGCUGCUGAUGGAGUCUACCAGCCUCGAGUUUGUCACUCAGAGAAACUGCAACCUUACCCAGAUUGGAGGGCUCAUUGACUCAAAGGGUUAUGGAGUGGGGACACCCAUUGGUUCCCCUUACAGGGAUAAAGUCACUAUUGCAAUCCUACAGUUACAAGAGGAAGGCAAAUUGCAUAUGAUGAAGGAGAAAUGGUGGCGUGGUAAUGGAUGCCCUGAAGAAGACAGCAAAGAAGCAAGUGCUUUGGGAGUGGAAAACAUUGGAGGGAUUUUUAUUGUACUUGCAGCAGGACUUGUGCUUUCUGUCUUUGUAGCCAUUGGAGAGUUUAUAUAUAAAUCCAGGAGAAAUAAUGACAUAGAACAGGUGAGUGUGGGCCAGUGUGCAUGGCACAACAGAUACUAAAAUGCAAUUGCACUGGCUUUAUGAAAUCACAUUAAUAACCUAUUUCAAUAAAAACAACAAAAAUAUUUACAUAAUAUGCAUAUAAUAUUGUAUGUAACAGUACAGUCAAAUUUCAGUGGAUAUGUGUUAAAAGAAAGACCAUGUCAUCAGUCCAGCAACACAAUAUACAUUUAUAUGGAAGUUUCAUUUGUCAUGCAAAAAUUGGUGUCUGAAGCGCAGGAUUUUCAAAAGGCUGUAAAUGAUAACUCCAGUGUUAAUCAAUACAUCAGUAUGUAGCAUUGAUUUUGACAUUCUCAAAUGGUCCUUAUGCCUAUUUCAUUAUUAAAUAAUCGUGCUAAUGUGCUUUCCAAAAUUGUUGAUUUGUGAAAUAAUAUUAAUAUCUUAACUAGCAGUGCUUCUUCCGACUAUUUAUUUUGUUUGCGUGGGAAUUUAAAGGAAAUCUGUUAAUUGUCAUAAUUUAUCAGGAGUUAAUUUGCACUUGAAAAAGGAGGGUUUUAAUUAACGAAAAAGUAUAUAAAUCUCCUUGAAACAGUAUUUAAGUUCUUUGGUGUUAAAAAAAUAAAAUAAACAAACUACAGUAUGGAUUUGCUGGGCAUGGCAGCAGUUGAAGCAGCAGUAGCAGCAAAUGUAAUUUUAGAGCUUGAGUGCGAGCCUGAGUGACAGACCCCGGCUGCGGCGCCAAUGAUACAGAGAGAGGGUUUACAGGACCGGGGUUAAUUCCUUAGCUGCACAUGAAGGUGUUGGCUUGGCAGCAUUGUCCUUCUAUGUCUCUGGGUCAUUUCAAAGGGUCACAGGUGACUUGAUAAAGAGGAUUAAUGAUUAUAUCAAUAUCCCACUUAAUCAGGAGCAGCUACAAAAUAUUAAAAGAGAAUUUUGACAUUGUUGGAUUUCCCAGAGUAAUGGGAGCCAUCGAUUGCACACACGUUACACUCAAAUCCCUGCAGCACCAUGCAUAUACAUAUGUGAACAGGAAGGGGUUCCAUUCACUAAACCUGCAGGCAGGGGUGUAGUGCUAUAUUUAGAAGUGAGGGGUCGCUAUUAUAUACCGCCCCCCCGGGACUACGAAGUGAAAUAACAUCACUUCACUCAUACACGAACUUCACACAACUUAUUAACUUAAACAUAAAAAAUAAGGAUUAAAUCUUGACAUUUAUUAUUAUUAUUAUUAUUAUUAUUAUUAUUAUUAUUAUUAUUAUUAUUAUUAUUAUUAUUAUCCUAUUAUUCCUAUGUGUAACACCCCCACAUAUAUUGAAUGGUUUGGUCCAGAAUCAGCUCAUCUCACUGUCCUCCUGUUGCAGCCACUUAUGAGACUGAUGUUUUGAAACAGAAGUGCAUCCGUUUGCAAAAAAAGAUGUGUAAGGCCACACACAGGUACCCUUUAUUUGUUUGUUACGAUUUGAGGUUUAUCUUUUAAAUAUUGGUUUAGCUUAUUCUAUCUACUUGAUUUCUGAUAUAUGGGUCUAAAAAUAAGAACUGUUCCAAUUAUUACAUCUAAUUGUAAAACGCUGACACCUUAGCACAGUGUUGAUACAGGUUCCCUUCACCUCUCUUACACAUUAAACGGUACAUCAGCACUACAUGAAAGAUCAAACAUCUUGUGGGCAGGGCUAAAGUCAGAUUAGUGAACAGUUAAUUAUAGCAGCAAUAUACAAUAUACGUCCCCAAAGUCUUAGAUAUAGCUCCAGCUGAUUAGGAAUGUUUGCAGAAUGGACACGUAUCAAAUAAACUAGCAAAUGAGAUUCAGAAACAAUGUAUUUCCUUUUGGAAUGAGGUCUUUGAGGAAGAUCUGACCUUGUAGCAAAGUGGUUAAAAGUGUGCAGGUACAGGUGAUCAAUAAUCAGACAAACAACGAUACUCCAGGUGCAAUGAAGGUUUAAUUGUAUAAUCCAAUGCCUGAUGGCAAACAGCAGUAAAUGAUAACAAUGUUAUUGAAGCAAUACAGCGGCGUGUAUUGCUUAUUUAUAAUCUGUGGGUUUGCCCUGAAAUAACAGGCCCGUUUCGGUUCAUCCACAUGUCACACAUACACAAACACCAGUCCACAGUGCGUGCUCUAGUGCUCGUGGUGAAUACAUUUCUUUAGUGACAACAAAAGUGCAGUGUUGUUGAUCCGGGUUUAGUGCUGGUCUUUGGCGACAGCUCCGGAUCAUGUUAGUCGUUCAAAUAAUUACAAAUAGUAUUAACAACAAACAAAUCACUCACGUUUCACAGCACAGGUUCUCCUUCUGGUCAUUUAACGUAACCAUUCACAAAGGAACAGAUCACAUCACUACGUCCCCUUUUUAUAACGUCACCCAUGACCCCUUGGCCAACGAGCGCAUCUGCUCCUCCAAUCUGCGGAUGCCACGCCAUUUCCAGUCCGGGCCAUUGAUUUCGCAUACCGUAGCUUUGCCCCUUUUCGAGAUGGCCGACUUCCACCUAACCCUGAGAAUAAACUGUCGUGCCAUUUAGUCCAGGGUAUUCUGUUCCCUUUGUGCAGCUGCCUCGCAGGUCAGGAGGGAGAUCGAGCACCAAGAAUCAUUCAAUCUCGGUCACAGACCUAAAAAAAUAAAUAUUGCAUUUUUUCAACCUUUGUAUUUGGUUUUCAUUUGCAUUUCCUGACACAACACAUGCACAAUCAUUUACAUACCGUUGAGUGGGAAAGUCAAAUUCAGCCACAGAUUCCAUCUCCCUAUCAGUUUCUGAACAAUCUGAUGUUGAAAUGUUGUCUGGCAUUAUUUCGGAUGUUCCCUAUGUACAGUUGCACUGUAUUGCUGAGGAAAAUUUGAAUUUAAACUGUUAAUGAAAACAGCUUUGAUAUGGCAGUGGAACGGUAUGUUUUUCUUUCAGUUUGUAGAUUUUUGCUUGCCAUCACAGUUGCCAAUUGGGCUUGUAUUUUUAAAACGUUGCUUUAAUUUUUUGAAAGUCGUGGGUUGCGUGAUUGACUGGUGUCAAUGUAUAUGCACGUCUGUGACAGGAUGGCUAAGUGGUGACGUCAGACCAGAAUGCAGGAAGAAAACACACAGGCAGUAUUGCAGGGCAAAAGACACGGCAUGCGCCAUUUUUAAAUAACAGAAAUAAAAUAAAUAUUUAAACAAAAACACUGCUCACCGAGCAAAAUAAAGGUUUUAACAAAAACAAAAAUCACGAACACAAAACAAAUGAUCCAGGUCAGGCUGGGCAAAUCGGCUUCACUGUUAUUUUUACUUUUUAUGUUUCAUUUUAUAUAGUUUUUUUCUUGUUUCUUUCUCCUCUCUGUCUCUCGCUCCAUUCUCUCCACUGAACAACCCACCCAGAGCAGGGAGAAAUGCAGGCCUAUAUGCAGGUGACCAUCUCCCGCUUUGGCAACAAAUGAAUCACUUAAUUAAUUCAGGAGAUGGCCACCUUCUACACAAGGUUUUUAAAUUGUGGAUAGGACUUCCCAUCAUAGCUGCCAAACAAAACCUACGGCUUUUCACCGUCACAUUUAUAAAUAAAUAAAUCAUAACAAUAAUAAUAAUAAUACAACAAAACAAAUACAAAAUAACAUAAAUGAGACACAGGGCAGAGGGGGAGACCCCGUUCUAAAAAUAAAUAAACAAUCACGUACAGGGCUCCUCGCCCUGUUACAACAUCAUUUAGAAUUUUAAAAACUAAAAAGAAAUUAAUUCAUAAUGAAACAUAUGGCUAUUAUAGUAUUUGCUUAUUUGUAUAGGUUAUACACAUGUAUAUCUAUCUCCAUAUAUUAAUAGGAGCAAAAUAGUUAAAUAUUCUACACGUGAAAUACAGAAGCGGUGCUCUCCCUGCCCAAGAAGUGAGGGGUCAGCACUCCCUGCCGACCCCGCAGCACUACACCCCUGCCUGCAGGUGAUUUGCGAUGCAUCCUAUAACAUCUGGAACUGAUGUGCAAAUUUCCCUGGCUCCUGUCAUGACUCUGACAUUUUGAUACAAUCUGUUGUGUUUAAUCAUUUCAGAGACCCAAUACACCAGAUGGCAUAUUAGUAAGCAUAAGUAUUAUCAGACUACCUAGAUAAUUCAGUAUUUGUAGUUUCAUAAAUAUAUUUGUCUUUUUUUAUACUUGUGGUUAUGCGUGAGAUUUAUUCAUUUGUUUUAACCUUUUGCAACUUUACGGAAUGUUUGUUGUAUUGCUAAAAUGAUAUACCGUUACUUGCACCCAGUGUAAUGUUACUACCAAGAAAUUAUCAAUGCAACUGUAGCCUAACUGAACUCUGGAUAUUUAUACAAAUAAAAACCUAGGAGUAAAUAAGGAAAUCUUGGUAUAGAUUUGAAAUGCGUCCUUGUUAGGGAGUUCUAUCGUAAUUUUAAAAGCUUCAGAAGUAUAGAAUUAAGUGUUACAAUCAUGGUAUACAUGUAUAAUAACUAACUACAAACACAAAUGGCACUUCAAAUAUAUUUAUUUAUAGCCUACAAUUGUACAUACUAAAAUACAUACACAAGUAAAUUCAAACCAAGCCUACAUAGCCCCAUCCAAAAAAACAAAAAAAGUAUUUUUUUCUUUUUAACCAAAAGAAGAUUGAUAAAUGUACAUUAACCCUUUGCAGUCCUAUGUUGGACUAGGUCCGACAUUACAAUUUUUCCUUUCCGGUCCGAUGUUGGACCCUGUUCGACAUCAUCCAGAAGACAUCAAUCACAGGUCCCUAGUUGUUUUUUCUCCGGAAAAAGCAGAGAAAAGCUUUCAAUGGCUGAGUGAGGCCGAUAGAGGCCGAAAAAAAAAAAGAAAAGGAGGCGGAUCUGAGCAAAAUAUAGUCCCUUCACCACAGACAUAUCACGGACAUUUGCCAAGCUGUUUGAGAUGUUAUAGUAAUAAAAUAAUGACUUGGAUCGCAUUAUUGAGGAGUUUGGUAAUAAAACGAGUGAUCAGGAGAUGAUUUAUCAGUAUGCACGACUAUGAAGAGAUAAAUACAGCGAACAAGGAGUGGGGAAGGGCUGGAGAUGCAGUACUGAAUGUCCUGUUGAUAUGCAGUGCCUUUUAAACCUGUUCUACUGUGAAUAAAAUUACUUUUAAACAGCACUUGUAAAAUAAAUAGCUCUUGUGAAAAUAAGUUGGACUGGACGCACCUGACAGGUGCUGAAUAAAUGCAAAAGGUUAAAAGAGUUGUAUAUAAUACGCUUUCCUCUGAAUGAGAGUAAAUGACUAGUGGGAUUUCAUUAUGAAUUAAUUUUAUUUUUAUUUUUAAAUCCAUGCCAUUCGAGUUAUACCCACAAACAGCAUUUUAUAUGUGUAGUGUUCUAAAUAAAUGUAUAUUCUGGAUGACAAAAUGCACAAUUUUAAAUUAAGUUUACAAAUUAUACACAAUCGAUAUUCCCAUUAUUUUUUAUUUCCAUUUGGCAGCUGCUCGCAGGUGGGAGAGCUGUUUCCCUGUACGCCAAUAGCUUCCAUAACAGUGAAUUCUGCUUCCAUUCAUUUUUUUGAUCUCGUUAACAUGCAUUUUGAUUAACAAGUUCCCCUUAUCUAGUUGAUGAGACAGGAAGUGAUAUACAUGACCCUCGACAAUUAAGCUUUUUAACGAGAAAUGCGUUCAAGAACGACCUUAUCCACUCAAUUUCAAAGCAUUAAUGGACUCAUUUUAUUAACAAAUUUAGUUUGAAAAUCACUUUUUACUAAAGCUGUUGUUACUAUACCGUGAGUUUGAUACAAUAACACUGUUUUUUUGAAAAUCCUGCGCAUAUUGUUUUAUAGCAAUAUAUUUAUUUAUUUAAAAAGGUGAAAAAUGGCAUCACCAGAAAUGCAAUGGCCAACUAAACAAACAUAUGAAGUCCUGAAGUAGUUUCAAAGCUAUAAAAGCUAUUACUGUGAUUCAUGCUUCUCUGGAUUUAUAUCUAUUGUGCCACAAACCACGGUUUUCUUUGGGAGCCAUGCUGUUUUUCACAUUUCCAAGCUCUUAAAAUUAAAUGUACAUUUCAGUGCAUUUAACUGUGUUGUAAAUUCAACACAGUAAAGUGGUGAGUAAUAUAUAUUAAGGAUGUGCAGAAAACAUGUGUACAGUGGCUAAAAUCAGUCUUUUUAUAGAACUAUUGAUUGCCUUUUCCUAUAAAGUUUUUACUUAGCACUUGGCACCAACUGGUGCUUAGAUAUUGUGAGAGGAUUCUUAUUUUGUUUUUCAUAGUCAUAUCAACAUUUUCAGCACACCCCUAAUAUAUUGGGUUAGGAAAAAGUUCAAAAACACUUUGUUAGGAAUAACAGAAAUACAAACAGGGUUUUUGGCAUUUGUUCUGUGACUCUAAACAAGCCUUGGUUGAACUUGCUUAUUUUUGCUGAUUGCUCAAAAUGCUGCAUUUGCGCCUACACUUGAGUUAAAACAAAGCUUUUACCUUGAUAUUUUUUAAAGGCAUUUGCUUGUAAGCUUAUUGCUUUGUAAUGUCAUGAAUAUCCAUGUUAGAAAUGCAUUUUUUUCUGUUAAUCUUUUAGUUUACUUUUUAUAUGUGACACAUGAUGCAUGUUUCUCUUUCUUUAUUUUGCUAUGACUCCUUUUCUGUUGUUUAUUCUGCAUGCAAGGCUUUUUGUUUCUUUUAUGGAUUGCAAUGCAAGCAAACACAUCCCUCCAAUUCCACCUCUGGAACCACCUUAUCCACGGAGUUAGAGUGUGGGAAGCUAAUCCAGGAAGAACUGAGGAUGCGAACACAGCACUCAAUUCACACUAUGUAGUCAUAAAAGUGUGUCUACACCCUGCAGAUGGGUUACACAUUAUAUCAAGACAAGGGUUAGGGACCUGCACGCUAGAUGAUAUGUAGUUGAUAUUACAAUAAAAAGACAAGCAUCACAUAGGACCAAAAUUCGCUACCACAAUAUUUUUUGAUUCUGGCUUAAUGUUACAAAUGAUGCUAGUCUGUGGUCAGAAUCUUGCUUAAUGUUACAAAUGAUGCUAGGCUGUGGUCAGGCUGCCAUAUGUAAUCCAUUUUGUAUUUCAAGCUGAUUUGUAUUAUAUUCUAAAUCCGUUCUAAUGCUAACGGCUCCAAAUAUAUAGGUAACAUUACAUUGGUUACUUAACUGGUAUUAACUGGUGAAAACGUUAGGUUACUUACCAUAACCCUGGUUCCCUGAAAGAGAAGACGACCACCAGCAACAUUAUGUAUGGGAUAUGCCCGCCCAUUGGUUAGUUAAUUGCUGAGCUUUCUAUACCAGAGCUGCCGAUAGGCCCCUUCCUGGCAUGAUGCACUUGGUCCCGCCCACCGAGGGGAUUAAAACUGUCAUCCUGAGGAAGCCAUUUCUCUUUUUCCAUUGAACCCGUGAGGGUGACCGAUGCGACCUCGCGGUUGGUGGUCGUCUUCUCUUUCGGGGAACCAGGGUUACGGUAAGUAACCUAACGUUCCCUUUCAAUUCAAAGACAACCACCAAUGACAUGUAUGGGAUAAUGUAUUCCAGAGCCGUCGCGAGGGAGAAGGAACGGCAGCAUAUGAGGGAUGCAUCAGAACCGCAUAACCCAAGGGUUAGCGGUGUGAGCUUACACCCUCAAGGACACUCGUGCCUAAUGAAGGCAGAGCAGGAUUUACCAUAUUAAGGCGGUAGAACCUGGAGAAAGUAUGCGGCAUAGCCCAGCUAGCCGCAGUACAAAUAUCAGACAUUGAGGCCCCUUUGAAGAGGGCCCAAGAUGUAGCCAACCCUGUAGUGGGGUGUGCGGCUACCCUACAAGGUGGGGGCAAGCCAGCACCAUCAUAUGUAGUCAAGACUGUGUCCACAGUCCAAUGUGACAGAUGCUGCUUUGAGAGGGGCUGUCCUAGGAACCGUGUCCCGUGACAGACAAAGAGCUGGUCAGACUGAUACAGAGCUCUUGUCCUAACCAUAUAGCAUCUCAAUGCCUGCACUGGGCAGAGAAAAUUCAAUCUCUCAUCCUCUGUUGAAGCAAACGGGGGUGGAUGGAAGGACUUCAGUUCCACAGACUGAUUAAUGUGGAAGGCUGUGAUCACCUUGGGAAAGCAGGGUUGGUGCGCAGAGACACCCUGCUGCCAUCCUCCCAAAUACGCAUACAGGAGCUGUGCACUGACAGCACCUGCAGCUCACUGACCUGCUUAGCAUAGGUGAUAGCCACGAGGAAGGCUUCAACAACUCCCCAGUAAUGUUGUUGAAGCUGACACACUGGGAUCCUUCAAGAAGCUGCUUGAUGAUAUUCUGGGAUAAAUAAGCUACUAACAACCAAACAAGCAAGAUGGGCCGAAUGGCCUCCUCUCGUUUGUAAACUUUCUUAUGUUCUUAUGACAGGUACUUCAACUCUGUGGAGUGUAUGGGCUCAAACGGGGCCUUCUAGAGAGCCUCCAGUACAAUAUUAAGGCUCCAUUCGGGGAGAACAGUCCUCCUGGGAGGGCGUAAUCGCCGAGUGCCUUUAAGAAAUCGGGUAGCCAAGAAAUGCGUACCCGGAGCCAAAGAGUCUAUGGAGGCAUGGCAUGCAGAAAUAGCUGCUAAAUACACCUUCAAAGUGGAAGAUGAUCAAGCAGUUCUUAAAGAAACUGUAAGAUAACUGGCAUAUUGCAAGAGAUUGGGUCAUGGCUUCCAGCCAGACACCAAGUUUGGAAAUACCUCCACUUGUAGGUGUAAAAAGACCUAGUGGAGUCUGCCCUAGCAUUCUGCAAAGUACCCACAACCGCAUCUGAUAGCCCUAGGGCUAACCAGUGGUCUCUUUCAGGCGCCAGACCCAUAGCCGGAACCUGCUCAGUUCCGGGUGCCAAAGAGUGCCUCUCGCCUGACUGAGGAGGUCCAUGUGCAGUGGAAUCUCCCAGGGCUGGCCAUGUAACAGCUGGCACAGGGUCGAGAACCAGAUUCUCCUGGGCCACCUGGGGGCCACUAGGAGAACUGACGCUUCAUCUAACCGGACCUUUUUCGAGAGCGGUAUAAGCGGGAAAGCAUACAAAAAUGCUUUGGGCCAUUCGUGCGCUAGGGUGUCUACGCUGAGUGGACAGCAAGGCGGCCACUUCCUUCUGAAGUACUGAAGUAUUUGUGAUAUCUCGAAAGGGAGGAGGUCCCAAGCAGAACUGAAGCGUGUAACCGUUUUUCAAGGUGCAAGCGCACCAGUACUGCAGCUGUUGUGCCGAAAAGGGGGGUCUGAGGCCGCCAGCCUUCAGGGGCCCUGCUUGGGCUGCUAAGGUUGCGGCAGGGCAGUUUGGGGUGGCUGUUUAGGGUGUUGGCCCUGGAAAUGCCUCCUGGGACGCUGGUGUGUGGACUGGCCAUGUCCUGCGUUCCCCCUGUCUGCCAGGUGGGCUUGGUUGUUUGCUGCUGGUGUGCCCUAUAGGAGAUGCCUUAGGUCACCCAGCAGAGCCGUGGGAAUUGGAACUGUCCUGGUGACAGUCCGUAUCGGAGGUUCGGGGGAGGAGGGAGUCAUGCACACAGUUGCAUUAACUACAUUGUAUAACUACAGCGCCUUUUUUAUAUACAAACAGCUGAUCCAACAAAAAGGGGGGUUGAUUGACAGCACAUCCAACCACUCAUUUUUAUGGUAUCACACUACACUGACAUUCGCUAGCCUAUCAGGCUUUGUUGAGCUGAUGGACACGCUGUAGCCUAAACAAAUAAUCAGAAUGAAAACUAAUAGGUAACCGAACUCAGGAAUUGAAACAGUUUUGCCGUUUCUCUCUCAGUAGCAAAACUGUUUUCAUUCUGAUUAUUUCUUUAGUUAUUUAAUUAAUAAUAGGUUGUACAUUUACCGCUCCAUCUCCAAGACCUGGAUGGACUUGGUUACUGUCCUUUGAUGAAGCUAGCUGCACAAUCCGUGAAAAAAUAUAAUCUUAUUAGUAGGCUGGCCGCUGGAGAGGUCAGGUGGCAAUAAGAUAUGUCGUGAGGCGAGUGCAUUCUACCCUGUCUAUGUGUGUAGUAGCUAGGUUACAUAGCCUGUAAAGUAAUCAUAGCCUAUAUGUUACAUGCAUAUCUGUGUAGGUUUAAGUGAGUGCUGCUUGCUUAUGAAUUCUCAUUUGUUGAUAGCAACGCGGCAAAUAAAAGAAAACUGGCGCCGCCCGUGCCGCGUCCUGUGUGAACACACAGAUGGACUAAAAUGAGAAGCGAAAAAAUAUAACAAUAUUUCAAAUAAUUUAUUUCUUACACGUUUCAGUGUGAAUGAUCCCAACGCAGUGGCUAAGCUACUGCCUGGCAGAAAUCUGGGGGGGCUCGUGACCAGGUGUGCCCCCCCCCCCCCUACAUGUCGCCACUGGCCACAGCUGUCUAUGAGCCACAAUCAAGCUAGUCAGGCUCCGGCCAAGAGCUUGCCCUGGAGACUGGAGAUCUGCAGCAACGUGCUGGACAGGAGACAUACACCAUCCAUAUAGGCCAUGAGCACGCUCGCCGUGUUUGACAGGCGAGUUGCCUGCGCCUCCGCUGCAUAUGCCCGCUUGAGAUGUGUUUCCGUCACCCUGCAUUGAGGGUUCGGGCACGCCAGGUCUCUAGCCAACCCACCCACUAUCGGGGCCUUAACCAGGGCAACGAUGGUGGAGUCUACUGGGGGGAAAUCCACUAGGCCCAGCUUUUUCACGCCGUCUAGCGAGGCAAGUGGUGCAGCCUGUUUUAGCAAACUAGGACCUGAAGCUGGACCUCCUCCAUGAAGGCCGGCAGAAAACGGACCGGUGUGGUUCUGCCGCUGGCAUCCAGGGGACCUGCAGGAAGGCUGCAGCGUGUCCCAUCAGUGCCGAAACUGAGCUAGACAACGGGAGCACUGGCUUCCAUCCACCCUUAUCUCCCCUGGGGGAGGGGGGAUAUGGCAGUUGCGGCUGCAACGGAGCUGGGACUGCAGGUGCCUGUUUGACCAAGAGCUCCAGGACCUGGGCCAUCUGGGCUUUGAGGUCCAUAAUGUCACUCGCCUGCCUCAAAUGCUUCACCCUUCUGCAGAGAUGGGGAGUGAGUACGGGGGACCUGCGCAUCAGGGAUGUCCAGCAGGUGGUCCUGGGACAGGUUAUGGAGGAGGGGCUCCAAGAGCCGCAGACGGUCCGGCCACAGAGGACCCGAGCACCGUGUGGCAAGGACUAGCCCCAUGGAGGAACUGUGUACUCUCAAGAAAGAAAUAGACAACCUCUCGUGGGUGACAGCAAAGGCAGUCGCUCACACACGACAGACAGAUAAGAAAGAGCGGCCUUCCAUGCAAGUGAGGAGGCUGCUGAAAGACAGAAAGGCGAAAGGCCAGCUUUCUGCUCAAAUGCAAGGGAAAUAUAAUCGACUCGAGAAACUCUUUUCUAUCAACACGCUCAGUUCAACACAGAGGUCUUGCCGUACUGUCAUGAGAAGGAAAAAGAGAAAUGGUUUCCUCAGGAUGACGGUUUUAAUCCCUCGGUUGGCGGGACCGAGUGCAUCAUCCCAGGAAGGGGCCUAUUGGCAGCUCUGGUAUAGAAAGCUCAGCAAUUACCUACCCAAUGGGCAGGCAUAUCCCAUACAUAGUGUCGUUGUUGGACGUCUUCGAAUUGAAAGGGAACUGCAUUAUAUUUUUUAUUCAUCUGUGUUUUUAAAAUAUACUUCACUUAAAGGGUUACUCUCAACAGUGUGUUGGUCUGUCUUUUCUUACUCGGAUAACUUUCCUUUAUGUAUAUACUUCAAUAUUCACAGAGGCAUUUUCUGCAGCAAACAUUAUAUAUAAUGCAAAAAUCUAAAAAGCACUUCCCUGCUGCUUCACAAAGUUCUUUGGGAAAGUUUUAGUCUUUACAACAGUCUACAACAGUCUGGCAAUCAUCUUCCAUAAAGAAAAAUAGACUACCAAUAACAACAGGGAUAUUGUCCCCUACGUUCUGGAUAUGCAUUUUAAACUUACAAAGUGUACCUUAAGAACCACUUAUCCAAACUAAACAGAUAUACAUUUUUAAGCACCAGUUAUUGUAAGUAUCAGACUUGUAGAAGCACCUGACUGUACAUUUUAUUUAUUGAUGGAGUACUGUAGGUCAUGGUGAUCUUCUUUUUCAUGCAACUGCUGUUCAUGACGGUGGAUAUCUAUAUUACUGAGACACUACUUUUGUAAUAUUGUUUUGAAAGUCAGCUUUCUAGAAAUUUAGAUGUUGGUUUACCCCCUUUUGCAACAGUGUAAGAUUCAAACUAAGACGACAAGGCCGUUAAUUUUGCAGGCAUAAAGAAAUUGAUUGCAGGAGAAAAUGCAACUAAAAAACUUGAAUAAACAGAGUGGAAACCAGGUUUGAAAUUCCAGAUUCAAUUCUAAAUUACACUACAGAAAGUAACCCUCUAAGGUCUGUUGUAAUCCAGCAACACCAGUGGCUCAUGUUUGUAUUGCUGGAGAUAAAAUAGCUCCCACCCUUUUCAACCCUUAGCUGUAACCUAUUGCAUUGUAACAGUUUCAGAAUGUUCAUAUUCUCAAAGAACAUUGAUACUGUACAGUAUGAACUGUCAUUAUUCAUCAACAUGUUAUGGUGCCAAGCCACAAGGUACAGGAAACACAAAGAAAAUAUGUUUUAAAAAGGAAACAAAAUAAUUAUAUAAUAACCCUAUUUACAAAAAAAUGAAUUCUCUGGUGUUCCACAACAAAAUAAACUUAAAAAUGAAAAUAAGUAAACAUUUGAAACAGUUAAAGGAUUAAAAAAUGUACUUAUUAAUCAUCCCCAUUCACAAACAGAAUAAAACAUUUUUAGACUUAAAAAUAUGUGGUGAUAUGAUUAUAUCAUACAAUUACAUAUUGAUUAAAUGGUAUCAUAGCCUAAACUCUCUUCCAUGAAGACCAAUAAGCAGGUAAGAGUAUUUUAAUUGCAUGCAUCUUGCACUCAAAGGAAGACAAACUGCAGGAAGCCCUAUCCCUUCAAUGGUAACACUUACAUACUGACGGAUUGCAGACCCUGGAAACACUAUAUGCAUUUGAAAAGCAACAGGCUAUUAAAUUACAGUUGUCAAAAAGUUUGCUACAGUCAUACACGCAAAAGCCCAAAUGCGGUAAACUGAUCUGGGUAAGGGUAAGACAAUUGUACUAUAAUUGAUGCCACUUUGGGUUUGAUGUGCUAACAUUAUUGACACUGGUCAAAACCAAAUCCUCUUUAGGAGGUUAACAUUAACAUUUGAAAGUAGACAUAUUAAAAUGCUGUCUUAUUUACAUAAUUGGGCAUUUUUACAGUUGUCACAAAUUUCCCUGUGCAUCGUUAUAUGAAUUUACUUGGGCUUGAAGCUGAUAUUUUCAGAUGGGAACUCUGUCACUUGACUAGUUUUGGAAAUUGUAAUCAUUUUGAUUAGACUUUGUGUACUAUAUAGUGUGGGGCAUAGCCUAAGCACGGUGUGACAAUUUGAAUUGAUUGUGCACAAUAUACAGAAGCAUUGUAAUUUGAAUAACAUGUUUCAAAGGUAAAUAAGUAAAGGAAAUUCAAAAGACAUCUUAGUAACUUUUAGUAGCAUCCAUUCCAUGGCCAGCUAGCCAAGCCAGCACUCUGCAUUAGGAAAGACAAAUUUUUAACUUAAAUCUCUGCUUUCAAUCUCAGCAUUGCUACUGAAAACCCAUGAUUAGCUCCAACACUGCAUUAUUUUUGGGGCUAAGUAUUAGUACAUCAACUCCUUCAUGUAUUUCAGUAUUGAGAAAGCUUUCGUAAGUCAUACAUGACAAAAUUCAUUAUUGCACCUACGCAUCUACUGGUGAUAUGAAAUCCUCAAUUGUUUAAUAAAUGUGUUUAUAUAUAUAUAUAUAUAUAUACACACACACUAAAGUAUAUAAACUAAAGCACCACAUUCCUUAACAUCUAUACUCAUUUACGCCAUUCUGUUCUUUUUGACAGUGUAUUUCUUUUAGUGCUGUAAUGGAGGAGCUUGGCAUCUCACUUAAGUGUCACACAACUAUAAAAAAAGGUCCAGAAUUACAGGAUUUGCAAGCAUUCUAAUGUGCCACCCUAAAAGGGUAUUGAGGAAAGAAACCUUGGCAUAAAGGAAUAUCGCAUCAACUUCCUCCUUCCUCCGUGGAUGGGGACAGUUGGAUAUGGACUUAAUUCUUGUUCUUUCAAUGUCUUUUUAUUAAACGUAAUUUUUUGUAUAAAGCUGCCCAUGAAUACAUAGGUAAAGCGUGAUGUAUUAUACACCAUUUUAACAUUCUCGAAGAGUUUUGUUAUAUUCCUUGUUCCAGUAAAAAAAAAAAAAGUGUUUUGAAUAACACUCCACCCAACCCAUCAUGUAUACAUCCUGUAUUUUCUAGUGUUGUACCUACUUUUGAAAUAAAAUGUUUACAGUUUUUUUCACAGCUGUUUUCUUUAUUUUUUGUUAUU